AUGGAUUACGACCGCUACGACGCCUUCCUCCACCACAUAUUCAAGCAGACACAGGGCGACGCUUGGUUCCGCCCCAACGAGGACAACAUCGCCGUCGGCGUCGCGCUCCGCGUCGACAAUGGCGAGUACCGCGUCUUCCCCUACGAGAACCUCGGGCUCGAGCCCUUCGAGGCUGCGGUCCGUGCGCUGAACCCGGCCGUCGCUGUCAAGGUCCGCAGCGCAGCCGUCCACGCCGCGUUCUCCGAAGUGGGUCCCGGAGAUAAGUCCAUCUACAUCGACGCGAACACGCGUAUCCAGAUCCUGGACACCAUGGUCGACCUGCCGACCGCAGACAAGGAGCAGAACGCGGCCUUCGUCCGUGACGAGCGCGUGCUGGUGGUCUGGUCAGACUCGAUCGACACCAUCAUCCCGAUAUGCCAUGACUUCGAGGAGCGCCUCAUCAAGCUGCUCUGGCGUUCGCGCCCCGGGGUCCCAGGGUCGCAUCCGACAAGUUCGAGCGGCCACCCGGCGAGUGCUACUGGCUCUGUCUCGGGCCAUUCUAUGCAACAACUGAACACCCGGCUAUCGCAAAGCCAGCUUCGCCGCAAUUCUGUGCUGCCAGGCACGCCAGGAAGGGGCACUCCCGUCCCCGGGACCCCCAGGGGAGUCUUCGUCGGCUCGGGUGGCGUGCUCGUCAUGAGUGCGGAGGACCUCGCGCUGGACUCGCUCAAGGAGAAGGAGCCGGCGGAGCCCGAGACCGUCACGAAGACUAAGCGGACUUGGUGGGGCGGGAAGAAGACGGUGACCAUUGAGCGCCAGCCGAGCGCGCUCGCGGCUUACAGUGACGUCGAGGCGGGCUCUGAGGCGAGGAGAACGGUGCUUCUGGCACCGAUCUACAACGGGUUGGCUGCGGGGCUGAGCAUGUUCUUCAUCGGCAAUGGUAUCAACAUCUUGCUGGAGGAAGUUCAGCUGGACGGGAAUUUCAUCCGAUUGGCGCUUGCUGUGCUGCUCCCGCUGUUGUUCUGUGUUUCCUUGUUCUUCGCCCUCCAGAUCGUGCAGAACCUGUCUAUGUGCAUCGGCCCUGUUGGGCAGUAUCACAAGAACUCGAAGUACUACUCUGCCGUCCCCCCACGGCCGAACAAGAUGGUCGACAACAACCUGCCCCACAUCACGAUUCAGAUGCCCGUCUACAAGGAGGGCUUGGACGCUGUAUUGGCCCCCUCGAUCGAGACAAUCAAGAAGGCUAUGCAGACCUACGCCCGUCAGGGAGGUACCUCCACGAUCUUCAUCAACGACGAUGGUCUCCGACUUCUGUCUGUGGAGGAUCGUGACGCGCGCAUCCUGUUCUACGCCAACCACGGCAUCGGUUGGGUCGCUCGGCCCAAGCAUGACGACUCCUCGCCCGACGGGUUCAAGCGCGCCGGUCGCUUCAAGAAGGCCUCGAACAUGAACUACGGGCUCUCGCUCUCGCUCAAGGCGGAGAAGUACCUCGCGGAGCUCCUGGCACGCGAGAAGACCCGUAUGUCGACGGAGGGGACGAACAGCUCAAACGGCGUCAGCGAGGAGAUGCGCUACGGCAUGCAGUACCAGAACCACGACGGCGAGGACCAGGGCGGCAUCAACCAGGGGCAGGGCCAGCGCCUCCGCGCGGGCAGCGACGCCGGCUCGCAGCUCGACGAGUUCGACGACCUCGAGGAGAAGGCGCUCCAGAUGGCGAUCGACGAGGUGUACGAGGCGAGCGGGCGCAAGUUCCGGCCCUGGGCCGCGAACGGGCGCGCGUGCAGGCUGGGGGAGAUCAUCCUCCUCGUCGACUCGGACACGGUCGUGCCCGAGGACUGCCUCAGGGACGCGGCGCGCGAGAUGGCGGAGUGCCCGACGGUGGCGAUCAUCCAGCACGGGUCGGACGUCAUGCAGGUCGCGCACCACUACUUUGAGAACGGCAUCGCGUACUUCACGCGCAGGAUUAACAAGUGUAUCUCGCUUAGUUGCGCAAACGGUGAGGUCGCGCCCUUCGUCGGUCACAACGCGUUCCUCCGCUGGAAGGCGUUGCAAGAUGCUGCCUUCGUCGAUCCCUUGGAUGGUCAGGAGAAGAUCUGGUCCGAGUCGAACGUGUCCGAGGACUUCGACAUGGCUCUCCGUUUGCAGAUGCGUGGAUACAUCAUCCGCUGGGCGACGUACUCCAAGGGUGGCUUCAAGGAGGGUGUCUCGCUCACCGUCGACGAUGAGCUGAACCGCUGGCAGAAGUACGCCUAUGGCUGUAACGAAUUGCUGUUCAACCCGUUCGCGCAGUGGUGGAAGAAGGGCCCGAUCGCGCACCAGAUCCACCGGUUCCUCUGGUCCGGCGCGCCGCUUCACUACAAGUUCUCGAUGAUGGCGUACAUGUUCUCGUACUACGGUAUCGCCGCCUCGAUCACGAUCAGUCUCAUAAACUAUGUCUUGCUCGGUUUCCAGCUCCCCGUGGACGGCUUCUACAUGCACAGUUUCGAGAUCUGGCUGGCCACCACCGUCGUCUUUUUUGGAUCUGGUAACGUCGGCUUCACGCUCCUUGAGUACCGUCUCGGCGAGAAGUCACUCCUUGGCUCGUUCUUCGAGAACAUCAUGUGGAUACCGUUCUUCUUCUUCUUCUUCGGCGGCCUCUCGAUCCCCGUCUCGCAGGCGAUCCUGGCCCACUGCUUCUCGUACAACAUGACGUGGGGCGCAACGAAGAAGGAAGUCGAGCGGUCGAACUUCUUCAAGGAAAUCCCCAAGAUCUUCAAGCGCUUCUGGUUUUCGUGGCUUGUGGCGUGGGUCGUGAUCCUCGGCAUGGUCGUCCUCAGCACGCCCCUCAUCCCGAUCGAGUGGCGCAUCGACGGCUCCGCCUGGGCCGUCAUCUUCCCCCUCGCCGUCGUCGCCGGCUGCCACGUCCUCUUCCCUAUUGUCCUCAACCCCUGGUUGAUGGUGUUCUCGUACUAGGCGCAUUGCCUACGGACCCUUCCCAGUGCACAUAUUCAUACCCUACUAUACCUGCUGACGGACAACCCUACUUAUUACUCGUGUACGCUGAGAACGGACUCUGUUCCCCGCCGUCGUGUACCAUGUGCUGCGCCACGCGCGUGCCGCUCUUUGAGAUCGAGGCUGGCGUGAAACAUCGCCCGUUUGCGCACAUGUUCUACUGAGCACUACGCAUAAUGCCGCUGAUCGUGCCCCCUUGAGAAGUGCCUCCUGUACAGUCCAGUCCCUGCUCACGGACCGAAAGUAGUCUCCCUGAUUUCUUCUUGCAUCGACUAACGCUAUACAACCGUUUACCCAUUGCAUGGUCUUG